UCCUGUGAGGUCAGGUGGGAGGAAGCGGGCCGGGCGCCGUCGCCAAGUAGACGCCGCAGGCCCCGCAGACGAAGCACCUGGGAGGGCUGACCCACGUGAACUUGGCAGUGGAAGCAAACAUCCCUCCCUUGCUGGUGAACAGCUUCCUGCCGGCUUGUAGAGGUGCUGCCCCACCAGGGCCCGCAGCUGCUGCCAGGAUGGUGCGGAUCUUGGCCAAUGGGGAGAUCGUGCAGGACGACGACCCCCGGGUGAGGACCACCGCCCCCGCAGCAGCCACGGCAGCUAGCGGCAGCAGCAGUUCCCGACAGGGCUUUCUCCAUAGGGGCCACGGGGCCGCACCAGGGGGCCCUGGUCCCCGCCAACAGCAGCAGCAGGCAGGUGCCAGGCUGGGAGCUGCGCUGUCCCCCUUCCACGACCUCAACCGGCAGCUGAUGCACAUGGGCUUCCCACAGUGGCAUCUGGGCAACCACGCUGUGGAACCUGUGACCUCCAUCCUGCUCCUGUUCCUGCUCAUGAUGCUCGGCGUCCGGGGCCUGCUGCUCGUGGGCCUGGUCUAUCUGGUGUCCCAGCUGAGUCAGCGGUGACCCCUGGGUCUGGCAGGGCAGCAUGCCAAGCAGGACUUUCUGGGCCUUGGUGUGGGAGCAGGUGCCCAGGGGAAGAGAUCUGAGGAGCCUUGGUGGUGUGAAGUAGCAGGGCCCGGGGGUUGCGUUUCCUGGUGAUGUUCAG